CGUGAACUGCAAAGGCGGUGACUUCUGUGACUUUCGAGCGCGUACCCCACGAAGAUGCUGUCCACGGCCAAGAUGACGCGCGGAGCUGUGCAGAAGCUCAAGUCGCAAGUGCGCUUGUUUCAAUCGUCCGCGGUGUUGAAUAGCACUCAAGGCGAAGCACCCCCUCUUACCCGCGUCUACGGUGGUUUGAAGGACGAGGACCGCAUCUUCACCAAUUUGUACGGUGAACAAACGUGGCGUGUCGACGGCGCGUUGCGCCGCGGCGAUUGGUACCGCACCAAAGACUUGUUGUGCAUGGGUCCGGAAUGGAUCAUCCAAGAAAUCAAGGACUCUGGUCUGCGUGGGCGUGGUGGGGCCGGAUUUCCUUCUGGUCUCAAGUGGUCGUUCAUGCCCAAGCAAACCGAUGGUCGUCCCUCGUUCUUGGUCGUAAACGCCGAUGAGUCCGAGCCUGGUACUUGCAAGGAUCGUGAAAUCAUGCGCAAGGACCCGCAUAAGCUCGUGGAAGGGUGUUUAAUCGCGGGAUUUGCCAUGCGUGCUCGCGCUGCGUACAUUUAUAUUCGCGGAGAAUUCUUCAACGAAGCGAUUAUCCUUCAAGAAGCGAUCCACGAAGCGUACCAAAAGGGCUUCCUCGGCAAAAACGCGUGCAACUCGGGGUACGAUUUUGACGUGUACCUCCAUCGCGGCGCCGGCGCGUACAUUUGCGGUGAAGAAACGGGGCUUUUGGAGAGUUUGGAAGGUCGCCAGGGGAAGCCGCGCCUCAAGCCUCCCUUCCCGGCUAACACGGGCCUGUACGGGUGCCCUACAACCGUGACGAACGUCGAAACAGUCGCAGUGUCUCCGACGAUUUUGCGUCGCGGCGGGUCCUGGUUCGCUGCGCUGGGCCGCAAGAAUAACUCAGGGACCAAGCUCUUUUGCAUUUCCGGCCACGUCAACAACCCGUGCACGGUCGAAGAAGAAAUGAGCAUUCCCCUUCGCGACUUGAUUGAAAAGCACUGCGGCGGCGUCCGUGGCGGGUGGAGCAACCUUCAAGCGUGCAUUCCCGGCGGGUCCUCGGUCCCGGUCAUGGACGAGGCCACGUGCCAGAACAUCCACAUGGACUUCGACGACCUCAAGAACACGGGCGGGUCUGGUCUCGGGACGGCCGCCGUCACGAUCUUCGACAAGUCGGUCGACAUGGUAGGCGCGAUCCGCCGGCUGUCGCACUUUUACACGCACGAAAGUUGUGGGCAGUGCACGCCGUGCCGUGAAGGCACGGGGUGGAUGGAAAGCAUCUUGACUCGCAUGGAAACGGGGAACGCCGACUUGGAAGAGAUCCCCAUGCUCGAAGAAAUCUCGCGUCAAAUCGAAGGACACACGAUCUGCGCGUUGGGCGAUGCUGCCGCCUGGCCCGUCCAGGGCUUGAUCAAGCGCUUCAAGCACAAGUUGGUCGAGCGUAUUGAAAAUCCCGCGAGCUUCAACAAGGCCGACUACUUUCAAAAGGCCUGGCCUGGCGCCAAGUUCCAGAACCAUGACUGGGUCAACAAGUACGCUGACGGGUCAGCCUACGCCAAGCAUUAAUGACGGCACGUCUACCUGCGUCGACCCACUCGCGUAGAAUGCAUAAUACAACCCCGUGAUGGAUCUGUGACUGUACACA